AUGGGCUUCGCCUUGAAGUUCCUCCAGUGGUUCAUCCGCGGCGUCCAGCUCGGCUGCUCCGUCCUCAUCCUCGCCAUCUUCUCCUACUUCCUCGCGACCCUCCACAACCACUCCCUCCCAAUCUCCAACUCGAUCCGCGCCGUCGAGGGCAUCUCCGGCGCCGCCACGCUCUACACCCUCGUCGGCCUGCUCCUGCUCUGCUGCCUCGCCGGCCUCGCCUUCACCUCCUUCAUCGCCAUCGUCCUCGAUGUCGCCUUCAUAGGCGCCUUCAUCUACGUCGCCAUCGCCAACAAGGGCGGCGCGGGAACGUGUUCCGGCACUGUCCAUACGCCCUUUGGCAACGGCCCCGCCGACGGAAAGCCCACAAACACCGGGAGCGACGGGUGGACUCAUCUGCCCAGUCUGCACACCGCCUGUAAGCUGGAGACAGCCUGCUUCGCCGUCUCCAUCGUCGCAAUCUUCUUCUUCAUCUUCUCCAUCCUCGUCGAGGUCGCCCUCGCCCGCCACCACCGCAAGGAGAAGCGUUUCGGCCCCAGCCCCAAAAACAAUUACACCUCAGGCUCGGGUGCCAAGCCUGGUUUCUUCAGCAGCUUCCGCCGCCGCGGCCGUGUCGACACCGCGACCAACGAGAAUGCGCUGCCCAUGCACACCAGCCCUGACCAAGUCCGCCCCAGUUACGCAACCGAGACUACCGCUGUUGCUCAGGAUGCCGGCUACCCCAAGUAUGAGGGUGGCUAUGGCAACACCACGACGGCGACUGGCGGUGUCAACGGUUACGACUAUGGUCACGAGACUGGCACCACGCAGCCCCCUCGUCACUACAGCGAUGGUGUUUAUGACAGAGUCUAG